UGUUUGCUCCACCAGCAGCCGCUGCCAAACAGAAAUAGACUGCUGCCACAUCCUGAAUUAGACAUGGCCGCGACCGGAGUUCUCCCCUUUAUCAGGGGAGUAGACCUAAGUGGGAAUGACUUUAAGGGGGGUUAUUUUCCGGAGCAUGUCAAGUCUAUGACCAGCUUGCGAUGGCUGAAGCUCAACAGAACGGGGCUUUGCUAUCUUCCAGAGGAACUGUCCUCCCUGCAGAAACUGGAACAUUUGUCCGUGAGUCACAACAGCCUGACGACGCUGCAUGGAGAGUUGUCAAGUCUUCCCAACCUGAGGGCGGUUGUGGCCAGAGCAAACAACCUGAAGAACUCUGGUGUUCCUGAUGAUAUUUUUCAGCUGGAUGAUCUUUCUGUGCUGGAUCUGAGCUACAACCAACUAACAGAAAUCCCUCGGGAUUUGGAGAACUCCAGAAACAUGUUGGUCUUAAACCUCAGUCACAAUAGCAUUGAUAACAUACCAAAUCAGCUGUUCAUUAACCUCACUGAUCUACUGUACCUGGACCUAAGUGACAAUAAUUUAGACAGUCUGCCGCCUCAGAUGAGACGCUUGGUCCAUUUGCAGACCCUCAUACUCAAUAAUAAUCCACUCAUGCACGCACAGCUGAGGCAGUUACCUGCUAUGGUGGCCCUUCAAACCCUUCAUUUAAGGAACACUCAGCGUACUCAAAAUAAUAUGCCCACGAGUCUGGAGGGCCUCACCAACCUAGCAGACGUGGACCUGUCCUGCAAUGAUCUGUCUCGGGUACCAGAAUGCUUGUAUUCGCUGGCUAAUCUCAAACGGCUAAAUCUGAGCAGCAAUCAGAUUUCUGAACUGUCACUGUGCAUAGAUCAGUGGACCAAACUCGAGACGCUCAACCUUUCUAGGAAUCAGCUCACAUCCCUGCCUUCUGCCAUUUGCAAGCUGUCUAAGCUGAAGAAGCUGUAUGUGAACUCGAACAAAAUUGAUUUUGAUGGGCUUCCAUCUGGUGUGGGGAAAUUGUCCAACCUGGUUGAGUUCAUGGCUGCAAAUAAUAAUUUAGAGCUUGUUCCAGAGGGGCUUUGCAGGUGUGGAAAAUUGAAAAAGCUGGUUUUGAACAAGAACCGGCUUGUGACAUUACCAGAGGCCAUUCAUUUCCUCACUGCCCUAGAGGUUUUGGAUGUCCGUGAGAAUCCAAAUCUAGUAAUGCCCCCUAAACCAGUGGACAGGACAGCUGAGUGGUACAACAUAGACUUCUCAUUGCAGAACCAACUGCGAUUGGCUGGGGCGUCUCCAGCCACUGUGGCAGCAGCUGGUGGAGGAAAUAGCCCAAGAGACCAUAUGGCCAGAAAAAUGAGGCUAAGGAGACGCAAGGACUCAGCCCAGGAUGAUCAGGCUAAACAGGUGCUGAAGGGAAUGUCAGAUGUGGCUCAGGAGAAGAACAAAUCCAUUGAGGAGAAUGGAGACUUGAAAUACUCUGAUCUGAAAACCAAACGAUGGGACAAGAACCUGGAGAAACCGCAACUGGAUUACUCUGAGUUCUUCAUGGAGGAUGUGGGCCAUAUCCCUGGUGUUGCGGUUUGGCAGAUUGAAAACUUUAUACCCAUCCAGGUGGACGAGGCCUUCCAUGGGAAGUUCUAUGAGGCAGACUGUUACAUUGUUCUCAAGACGUUCUUAGAUGACAAUGGAGCCCUGAACUGGCAUAUCUAUUACUGGAUCGGGCAGGAAGCUACCCUUGAUAAGAAAGCCGGCUCUGCCAUCCAUGCUGUCAACCUCCGUAAUUAUUUGGGUGCUGAGUGCAGGACUAUCAGAGAGGAGAUGGGAGACGAGAGUGAAGAAUUCACUGCAGUGUUCAACAAUGAGAUUUCUUAUAUUGAGGGUGGAACUACCAGUGGAUUUUACUCAGUAGAGGACACUCAAUACCCAACCAGGUUGUACAGGGUUUAUGGGAAAAAGAACAUCAGACUAGAAUCUGUGCCUCUGAAAGCAUCCUCACUCGACCCCCGGUUUGUCUUUUUGUUGGACGCUGGUCUUGAGAUAUUUGUUUGGAGAGGAGGCAAUGCAACACUUGGUGGGACUACAAAAGCAAGGUUAUUUGCUGAGAAGAUCAACAAAAAUGAGCGAAAAAGCAAAGCAGAGAUUACAACUUUGAUGCAGAAUCACGAACCUCCAGAGUUCUGGGAAGUUCUUGGGGGACAGCCUGAGGAAAUCAAGAAACAUGUCCCAGAUGACUUCACUCCUGUUCGACCCAAGCUCUAUAAGGUUGGUUUGGGCUUGGGAUACCUUGAACUUCCUCAGAUCAACUACAAACUCUCUGUGGAGCACAAGGACAAGCUCAAGCUAGAUGUGGUUCCAGAGCAAAGACUGGUACAAGGCCUUUUAGACACUAAAGGUGUCUACAUCUUAGAUUGCUGGUCUGAUGUCUUCAUUUGGAUUGGCCGUAAGUCCCCACGACUUGUGAGGGCAGCUGCAUUGAAGCUGGGCCAAGAGGUGUGCAGUAUGCUCCAUCGGCCAAAACAUGCCGUGGUCAUCCGUAAUCUGGAGGGCACAGAGUGCCAGGUCUUCAAAUCCAAAUUCAAGAAUUGGGAUGACGUGUUGAAGGUGGAUUAUACCAGGAACGCAGAGAGUGUAAAGCAAAAUGAGGGCUUGAGUGGAAAGGUGAAGAAGGAUGCAGAGCAGAAGGACCAGAUGAAAGCCGACCUAACAGCUCUGUUCCUUCCUAGACAGCCAGCAAUGCCUCUCACAGAGGCGGAGCAGAUGAUGGAGGAGUGGAACGAGGAUUUGGAUGGCAUGGAGGGAUUCGUUCUGGAGGGGAAGAAGUUUGCCCGUUUACCAGAGGAGGAGUUUGGUCACUUUUAUACUCAGGAUUGCUACGUAUUUCUCUGCAGGUACUGGGUGCCAGUCGAGUAUGAGGACGAUCAGGAGAAAGACAAAGAGAAAGAGGGAGACAAUGAGGACAAACAGCCUGAAGAAGACUUCCAGUGUGUGGUUUACUUCUGGCAGGGCCGUGAGGCAUCCAACAUGGGCUGGCUGACCUUCACUUUCAGCCUGCAGAAGAAGUUUGAGAGCUUGUUCCCAGGCAAACUGGAGGUUGUGAGGAUGACCCAGCAGCAGGAGAAUCUUAAGUUUUUGUCCCAUUUCAAGAGGAAGUUCAUCAUCCACAAAGGCAAGAGGAAGCUAAAAGUGGACAGUGUGCAGCCAAGCUUAUACCACAUCAGAACCAAUGGAAGUGCGCUAUGCACCAGGACUAUUCAAAUAGCCACAGAUUCCAGUAACCUCAACUCUGAAUUCUGCUUCAUACUGAAGGUGCCAUUUGAAAGUACAGACAACCAGGGAAUACCAUUGUGCUCCAAUGAGAAGGGUUACUUUGCUGUAUCAGAGAAGUGCUCAGACUUCUGUCAAGAUGACCUGGCCGAUGACGACAUCAUGCUUUUGGACAAUGGGAAAGAGGUUUAUAUGUGGGUUGGCACACAGACAAGCCAAGUGGAGAUUAAACUGAGCUUGAAGGCUUGUCAGGUCUAUAUUCAGCACAUGAGGUCCAAGGAUGCAGAGCACCCCAGAAAACUGCGCCUGGUGCGCAAGGGCAACGAGCCUCACUGUUUCAGCCGCUGUUUCCACGCAUGGAGCGCCUUCAAGACCGCACCUGCAUAAACCAGCCUCACACCUCACACAGUCUGUCUGAAUACAGUUUGAGCAUUAGGGUUCAGAAAACAACACCACUCACAACAAACCAUACAUUAUUAAUGUGCACUGCAUCACUCUCUUUAAAAAGCUCACACAUAUAUUUGCUAAUUGAAGCAAUAUUAUUGAAUUUUAUAUUUAUGUGUA